AUGGACCAGCAAUCAGCGCUGGCUCGCCUGAUUCGAGAAAACCACAAUGCUUAUAAUAGAUGGCGUUAUCAAAACGACGACGACUUUCGCAGGAGAGCCCUCGAGGCAACCACGAGAUCUCGCAGAUCACUCGCGGUCAGAGAGAAGAUGAAGGCUGUCGCCCGUGAAUACGAAAGAAAGCCCGCGAGAAUACAAUACCAAAAGCAAAGGUUUGUUCAGCGAUACAACGAAAGCCUACAGUACCGGCGUGGCCUCUCGCUUCGCCUAGCCAUGCGCUCUAAGAGGCUUGUUGAAGAGGGCUGGUCGUGGAGACUGCACACGCCCGUCCACACCCCUGACCGCGUGGACCGCCAUUGCACCGCCUGCGACCAAGACCGCUUCCUCAAGCUCUGGUGGGCCACAAAGGCCGAACCCACUACGUACAUGUGCAACUCGUGCUUUGCCAACGACUUUGACCUCAUGGUGCCAGAGGGUCAACACAAGAACCUCCCUGCAGUCUUCACUUCUCCCCAUCUCCCAGGUCCUCGCCCCAACAAGCCAUCCUGA